AUGGACCUUGUUCUUCCCAGUGACCAGCCACAGGGAACCGGAAUAACUUUGAUCGAGCACAUGGCUACUGAUUCAGUGGUUGUCAAGUACGUAGCUGUCUCUCAUAUCGAUAACACAUGGCGCCAACCAGAGACACAAACUACAUCAGACCCUUCCCCACGACGCACUGAGUUCUUCAACCCCGCAAACAAACCUUCGCAGCCUGCUGCACUUCACUCCCAAGCCAACUCACAUUUCCUUCCCAAACCACCUCAGUUUGCCAAUUGCAAAGUUGGUGAUCUGUCGACUGGUCCCUUCAUGCCGACACCAACCCCGUCAAUGAUGCCUAAGGACAAGCACGUCGCCACAGGCAAGCCGACCGCGGCGAUGUCCACCUCUUAUUCUAGGGCCCAUGGCCAGUCUGGUAUGGAUGACAUUCGUCCUCGCAACGCGUUUGUGAUCAUAAGGCUAACAUGCAACAAUGGUGAAGAUCCUGAGCGCGGUCCCACCAACACCCCUUCCACCCCUCACAAAGAUGGUGUUGGAACUGCAGGGCAGCAGGCUCCCACCUCUCAGGCGCAGUCAACUGCGAAUGCUUCUCAGGACAAUCGCCAGCCUUUGAUCGAUGAAGCUAUCACCGAUGCUCUCGGGGGUGCUUCCACCUCAGCCAUCUAUUCGCUCAAGAAAUCCUCGAGUGCCAAAUCAAAGGGAGGAGCUGGUGGUGGCCCCAGCCGCAAGCGUGAUCACGAAACCAUGACUAAUGCAUCCCGACUUGCCAACGACUCUGGUGGAGGCAGCGCCGCACCACCGUCCAGCAAGAACCCAGCUCAUGAUGGAAACAACUCUGUUCAAGCCAACAAGUUCCAGCGAAUCCUGCCGGGCCCUGCACAGCUUGGACCUGCUGGCCGGGAGCAGGGCUAUUACGUCGUGAAUGACCCGGCAAACUCUCGGCCCAGUCAAGCAGUCUCCGGUAGCCAGGCUGCUCGUGGAGCGAAUCAAACUCCCAUAGAAAGCCUACCGGUGAUCCCUUUCUUGUCGGGUCAGGUUCUUGCCUGGCUGCCGACCUCUUUGCGGGUUGCAGCAAGCAGCGCCCGAACCUACGUCCAAACGAUGGUUUAUCACAACGAGACGUGGCCCGGAGCGAAAUCUGGAGACCCGUUGCAAACGCAAUUUGUGAUCAUGAAGGACGAGUCCGUGUUGCAGGAUUGGGACACUUUCUUGCGGGCAUUGCUCGAGGUUGCGAAUGCUGCACGCGAAGGUCGGCUGCUUGACAACAGGCCUAUCCUUCACAAUAAGCUCACUGAUGAUCUGAAUAUACGAAUUCCGGACCCUGAUCGGCCUCAUGGCGACAAACAGUUCAUGCACGAACAGACUGUUGUUCCAGCGAACACGCAGCCCGGCCAGAUCGACGCUUCGUCCACAAUCAUCAUGGGGAUGAACCCAAUGUCUCCGGGACCAGGACAGGUGGGAGACCUGUCUGGAGACAUCGAAACAGUCAUGCGCAUUUCUUCCCGUAACGAGAGUAUUCGACAGAAUCAGAAUCUUCAGCUGCACAAUCUUCUUGCCAGCCAGGGCCAAGCACAUGCCCAGGGCUUUCACGCCAUCCAAGAUGCUUAUCGCAGAGCUGAUGAAGCUCGAGAGUGGGAGUGUGACCUCAUUGCCAACUUGAUCAAAAAGAGAUCGGAGCUACGGGACAAGGAGGAGGGCUAG